ACUCACUACCACCGAGACGACCGACAGCCAAAUGACUACAAGCGACUGAUGGAGUGGCAGCUGAUCGUGCGCGCUCUCACAAGGCUAUUCUUGAUCGUCCACUUGGGACACACGGAGGCAAGGGGCGCACUCCCCAUUCAAGGUCCCAACAAGCAUGUACAGCGCGCACCUCGACGUCGAGUCACUCGAUCGAGAAGGAGUUACAACAAUUUUGAGCGCAGAUGCGCAACCACGACUCAGACUUGUUCGAGACUCACCACAGUGCGCUGCAGCGCGCGUACGCUUGAGUGUACCGUGUGGGUAUAGGUUGGAGUUGCAGAAAUCAUCGUAGGUCGUUCGCGUGCGUACGCUGCUGCAUCGCUCUCCCAACAGUGCCCACGGCUGCUGAUGACAAUAUCGAGACUCAAGAACAAGCUCAGAGGAGAUUGAGGUGGUAAGAAGUCCUCGUGUUCAUUUGCCGUGCGGCCGGGAAAGAGUGAAGACGUUGAUAUACAGAGAAUCGGUUGGCAG